CUCACCAGUAACCUACAAACAACUUAUUCACAACAAUGGCACAUAUUUCAAUGUUCUGCAUCAUCAUUGCUUGCAUCCUUCUUCCAAACAUCGUUGAAAUGAAGCCUUAUAAGAAAUCUGAGAAACUUCCAUUACAUUUCGAUGCGGAUGGAUCAUGGAAUAUCAAGUAUGGAUUGCUGACAGUGGGAAAGAAUGAGAAGGAAGUUGUGAAAGUCGCGUCUGGUCUUUGUGUCACAAGCUUUGAUCUGUCGAAACCGACUGCUGAGGAGUUGUCUGCAAAGAAGGGAUCUCGACAGGUGGACAC